CACGAUAGCACCUGCCGCUUAUGUCAGCGCGGACAGUUCCAGUACCGUGAUGACGAGGCGAUCGAAGGCACUACCAAAGAUGGUGGCUACGCGUAUUAUGCCUUACUUCGUGAGGAAGCUGUAGUUCAUGUUCCUCGCGACCUCGAUCCGAUUGAGGUUGCGCCUCUUUUUUGCGCCGGUGUUAUUGUCUUAUAUGGGAUUCGCAACAUGAAGAUUUCCCCCGGCACCACUGUUGCCAUUCUGGUCAUAGGGGGCCUUGGUCAUCUGGUUGUGCAGUAUGCCAGCAAUAUAGGCUACAAAACCGUUGUCUUGAGUUCUGAAGACUUCAAGUGGGCUAUUGCUUGUGAACUCGGCGCACAUAUCUACGUUAACACUAAGGCGGAGAAUGCUGUGAAGAAGCUUCAACCGUUGGGAAGAGCUGAUUCGAUUGCUGCUACGGCGCUGAAACUGAAGGUCAUUUCGGAACCGCAUCCUCUCAGCCACUCUCGCACUUUAUCUCCUUCCACCGGUACGAGAGUGUAUAGUUUACCCAAGCGGAAGCUUCUUGCCUUGGCAGCUGCCGGAGCGACCGAGAUAAGUUUGAUCUAUAUGAUCAACACAGGGAACUCAGUGGAAGGCUGGGCCAGCGGUCAUCCAUUGGACUCAGCGGAGGCUAUCAACUUUGAACAAACUCCGGGAGUCAAGGCUAAAAUCGAAAAUCUUCCGUUCGAGAAGAUGCAAGAUGCGAUGGAUCAUAUGGUCUCAGAAAAGGUUCGCUUUAGAACUGUUUUGUAUACAGAGGGGAACGUUGAUUUCGAUUAG